AUGGUUGACAUCGGACUGUCGAAGCCUCAUCCUAUGGUUCGGAUAGGUGACAUGCUGGAAACCUUGGCAUUGCAUGGCAAGCUGCACUCUUUGUGGGGGCCCGGCCAGCAAGACCCCAGCGCAGUGCUGCCAAAGUUUUGGCGGCGCUACCGCCAGGAGCAUCCGUCCCAUCAGCUCUUUGAUCGCCACCGCACGCAUCUACACAGGCUUAUUCCGUUGCAAUUACAUAUGGACGAAGGGGAGUCGCUGAAAAAUGCAGGCUUGAUGGUGGCUUCGUGGCAAUCACCUAUUGGAGCUGGCGUCGCUACCCAGGAAGGGGAACCGGACAUGCCUCUGAACUACCUUGGGAAUUCUUUCAAAACGCGGUACUUGAUAUCAGUUCUCUUGAAACGGGUCUAUUUGAAGACGGUGAAAGGAUCUUUGGACAAGCUAGUUUCCGUGGUUGCAAGCGACUUGACACAGCUCUUCGAGCAUGGUAUAGAGCUUGAUCUCGCAGGUCGGCGCGAGCGCUUCUACAUUGCCUGGAUCGGCCUUAAGGGAGACUGGCCGAUCCAACAGAAGGUCGGACACCUUCAAAGGCACUUUGCACGGGCUACGAAGGAUGAGGAACAUGGCGUUGGGGUUUGCCAUCUUUGCCUCGCAGGGCAAGCGGGCGUUCCGAUGCACGAUCUUUCCCGACGUGCUGCGUGGAAGGACACGAUCUUGACCACAUCGCCCUUCCGCAACCCGGGGCCCCUUUCCGGGGUUCCGCAAACUUCGAGCCAGGAGGUCAUGUUCCGCUUCGACCCUUUCCACACCCUUCAUAAAGGCUGCUUCGCCGAGCUUGCGGGCAGUGCUCUCGUCAUGAUCACUGACUAUGGGCUUGUGGAAGGCGGUUCUUUCGCUGCUCAGCUCGGCUCGCUAUAUGACCUUCUUUGGGCUUACUGCAAAAGGACCAAGACGCCCCUUCACAUGGAAGCCUUGACUCGAAACCAGAUCAACUUCAAAAGGGAUUCGGACUAUCCAACGGGGUCGUGGUUCAAGGGGGCCGAUACUGCUGCAGUCUGCGGUUUCCUGGAGGAGUUCCUCACGACACACGUGUCCACGUUAGUCCAGAAAGAUCCGUACUUGGAGAGCGCACGCGAUUGCUGCAUCAACGCGAACAUGUUUCUGAAAACUUUGUAUCGACACGGGGUUUGGCUGCCGCUUGAAGCCUGCUCGCAAGCUGCGCAAGCUGGCCUGAACUUUCUGCGAUGCUAUCAAGAGUGUGCGCAGUAUGCGUUUAAUGCUGGGAAGACGCGAUACAAGCUCCAGCCAAAGUAUCACACAAUGCUACACUUUGUCCAUGCUUUGACUGUUGCUGCCACGUCAGAAAGAAAAUGGACGUGGAAUAUUUUGGCCGAUGGAGUCCAGAUGGACGAGGACUUCGUCGGCAAAGUGGCUGCCAUCAGUAGAGCAGUCAAUGUCAGGAGUGUCCAUGCCCAAACGGUAUCGAGAUACUUGACGAACAUGUGGUCCGAGGAGUGA